AUGCCCAACCGACUCGGCAUCGCCUCCAUGUCCCUGGGACGACCAGGCAUCCAUGAUCUCCCCAACAAACUCCAUCAGGCCUCGCAGCACGGCUACUCCGGCAUCGAGCUCUUCUUCGAUGACCUGGAGCAUCUCGCGCGCACCUCGCACGCCGGCGACGUCCUCGCCGCUGCCCACCACGUGCACUCGCUCUGCCUCUCCCUCAACCUCUCCAUCAUCUGUCUCCAGCCGUUCGGCUUCUACGAGGGUCUUCUCGACCGGACAGAACACGAGCGUCUCGUCACCGAAAAACUCCCCCUCUGGUUCACCAUCGCUCACGCCCUCCACACCGACCUCAUCCAGAUCCCCUCCAACUUCCUCCCUAACGACCCCGUCACCGGUGCUCCCCGCACCACAGGGGACAUGAGCGUCAUCGUCUCGGACAUGCAACGCGUCGCAGACCUCGGUCUUCAACAAACCCCGGUGAUCCGAUUCGUCUACGAAGCCCUCGCAUGGGGCAACCACAUCGACACAUGGGAAGCCGCCUACGAGGUCGUCGAACGGACGAAUCGGUCCAACGUCGGCAUCUGUCUCGACACAUUCAACCUGGCGGGUCGCGUCUACGCCGACCCAUCCUGCCCGACGGGCAAGACUGCCAACGCAGACGCCGAGCUCGCGACCUCGUUAGCCCGGUUGCGCGAACGGGUCGACGUGUCUAAGAUCUUCUACCUGCAGGUCGUCGACGGAGAGCGCCUCUCGGCCCCUCUAAACAAGUCCCACGAAUGGCACGUCGACUCGCAGCCGUGUCGAAUGAGUUGGUCUCGGAAUGCGAGACUGUUCGCUUUCGAGGAAGACCGCGGCGGGUAUCUCCCUGUGUUGGAGACCGCGAAGGCGUUCUUUGACACCGGCUUUGAGGGCUGGGUUUCGUUGGAACUGUUUAGUCGGACUUUGGCAGAUCCGGACCCUGCUACGCCGAUGAAGCAUGCGCAGAGGGGGUAUGAGUCAUGGAGGAAGUUGGUGGGCGCGUUGGGGUUGAAGACGGCUGCGAGUGCCUUGGUGGAUGGCAGUGAUGGGGAUUCGGUCUCGGGGAAGAGUGAGGGUAGUGAAGGGAGUGAGGGGAGCGAGGGGUUGGUGGUGCAGCAUCGGCUGUAG